CGAUGUAGUGAUGAGUAGAUAAUAUGUGAACGUUCACGUUUCAAUAUUUAUAUCGUAUCAAAACGAAAAUAGGUACUGAUUAAAUGAAGUGUUGGUGCUACUUUGGAUAUAGUGUUUAUAUUGAUGAAAAUACAACAGGCAUUUAUCAUAGACAGUAUCUUAUCUUGGAACCUUGGAAUACGUAUGUCGUAUAUACUGCGUGAUUAACCAACCACUCAACAUAAUUUAACAUAAUAUUUGUAUCAUAGCAUUUUCACACCUUCAGUCACAUAUUAUAAUGCACAGUUAAUAUCUUCGAAGAACGUCGGUGUUACAAAUGUAAAACGAUUGCAUUUUAUUUUAUAUAUAAGUCUGAAAACUGUUUAUAUUCGAAAUAUUAUUAUGUUGAUCGUUACCAUUCGUAAACAUAUAUAAGUGCACUAAAGCUAAACGAAAUUACUUGACAACAAAUACAUCAGACAUCGCAACCAGAUGAAUCAAUUCAACAACAUAAUAAUAAGCCAAUUAAUAAUUUGUUCUUAAAAUGGAAAUAAUAACGAAAAAUCACAUAUCGGUUGUCAUGGGAUCAUCGAAAAUGAAUUUAAUACUUGGCAUAUGUCUAAUGGUCAUAGUUUCGUUGACAGCGGCACAAACCAGAGUCAAAUGUUUCGACAAAAAUAAGGGCAAAGAUCAAAUGGGCAUAGUAUUGGACUGUUCCAAUAUGGUUGGCAAGAGUCAUCCAUAUAGUAUUGAAGACUGGAUUCGAUACCAUGCGUUCUACGAUGAUGGAAUUCUUGCUAAUCGUGUAUUGAAUAUUAACCUGGAAAACAAUAAUUUACAACAAAUAUUUACGCUCCCGUCAAUGACAUCGUUGAAAAAAUUAUCGUUUAAAUACAACAACAUAUCGUCCAUUGAAAAUAAGGCGUUGACGAACUUACCAGCACUCGAAGAACUGGACCUUAGUUACAAUUCGCUGAACAGUCAUGAAUUACGUCAAUCUGUUUUCCGCCGUUAUCAACGUCAAAACGUACCAGCCACAAAUGAUCCAGCGCUAAAAGUCCUUAAAUUAGGAUACAAUAAUAUACAUUCUUUGCCACCGAAUUUUUUUCAGUAUUUAACGAAAUUAGAAAAUCUUGAAUUAAAUAAUAAUCCUUUAUUGGUGAUCGAUCAAAACACAGAAAUCUCCUUAGGGUGUUUAACAAAUCUUCAGGUAUUGGAUUUAAGCAACACAGGGUUAUCAGACUUCCCAGCAGAUGUGUUUUCCCAGUCAUUCAAUGUCCAAACAUUAUACCUGAACGGCAAUCAGUUCCAGCAAAUACCAAAAGAAAUUCGUAACAUGCCUCUAGCAUAUCUUAAUAUGAACGCAAAUCCCAUUAGUUACUUGGAUAGUGAGUCAUUUGUCGGUCUGGAUCAACUUCAAGAACUCAUUAUUAGCGGUAUGCCUAAUUUGACCGAUAUCGGAUGUGGUACAUUUGUGCCACUAAAGAAGCUCAUAACACUAUACAUGUCGCACAAUCCCAGUUUAUCAAACAUUCAUUACGACGCUUUCGCGGACAAUACCAGCCAGCAAUGGUCAUUAAGACAACUAUCAAUAAGUUACACGAACAUUAACAGUAUAGAUUCAAGACUAUAUCCUUGGUCAAUGCUAAACUUAUUCGAUGCCAAAGGUAAUCCAUGGACGUGUGACUGUAGAUUGUCGUGGCUUGCAAGUUAUAUCAAUGAAACAUUUGCAGAGAUGCCAGAGACACUCCUAUAUUAUCGGUGUACCGAGCCCAAAAACCUAUAUACCACACUAGUAUCUCAAUUGAAUGAACACAUCGAUUGCGACGAUUAUCAUCUCCACGCUUCUAAUAAUCACAGUCACGGUCACGUCACACGGCUCCGACAUUUCAUUAUUGUCAUUGGAUUAGUAAUUGGCAUUUUUGUGUUCGGCUCAUUAAUAAAUAUGGGUUGCAGAGAAAUAAAGAAGGUGCUAAAGCCUAGGAUAUAUGUUCCAACUGGAUUUAGCACUGGUGUAAAAUACAGACCCGCAGAUUUCGAAGAAAAUAUAGACACAUUAGAAGUGCCUUCCAAACACACAAUGAUCCACGGACGAUCGCCAAUAGUUAUAAACAAUACAGACUGAAAUUUUAAAUUUUAAACUUUUUGGCUAAAAACAAAUUUGAGCCAAAAAAUAAGAUAGACAAUAAUGUGAAAUAUUAAACAAUAUUAUUUAGUUGUUGGGUAUAUCAAGGUAUACAUACUAUACCUAUAUAUACGUAUAUAUAUAAUAUUUAUGAAUAAUUGUCGUUGAUUAAAAUAAUAAAUAUUAUUUUUACUUA